CUUCAUCCUCGUCCAAUCCUGUGUGCACAGUGUAAUUUCCUCAUAUCAAAACACAGAGUGGGAUGGGCUCCACAGUCAGACUCGUGAGGAACACUGGAGUAACGCGGGACUCGUUGUGGUGUCCGUGGUUUAGGCUACACGCGCAUCCUUUGCGACUGGGGGAAUCAACACCAAACAUCCAAGCAAAUCCAAAGGGGAAAAGGCAGCGUUAAGCACCAUGGGACCAUUCCAGGAAUAUGAGGAAAAGAAGUCGCCAGGGAAGGAGAGCCCCCGCAGCCGCAUCCCACGCUUGAUCCUCCAUCCUUUCCAGCCUAAUGAGAAAGGGUCGCCCCUGUCCGAAUCACCCAUUUCAGAGGAGGAGGGUAAGGACUGUGACAUCAGCUCGGACAACUCCAAACGGACCAUCAGCACCAACAGCUUUUGCUCAGAUGACACCGGCUGCCCCAGUAGUCAGUCUGUGUCCCCCUCCAAAACCCCAUCAGGCUCAGACAACAGUCCGCAUGGCUCCCCCACGCCCACCGCCGAGUGCAAGACCAAGGUGAAGAGGGUGAGGGUGAUGGAAGAGUGGCACGCACCCCCGCCAAGGCACAAGAGGGAGCAGCGAUCGUCCACAUUGCCCAGAGGUAGUGAGGCAGACUUCAGCUCCUCCAGCAGCACUGGCAGCCUAAAGCGAGGGGGGAGCCUGGCCCACAGCUCCACAGGGAAGAAGAUCUCCUCACGCAGUCGGGGUGCCCACAUCAGGAGCCUCCCUGUGUUCAAGCUGGCAGGGAUCCCCUCAGCAUCCCGUGAUGCAGAGCUCUAUGCCCCGUACAGGACAGUUCCCUCAUCCACCACCAACAGCAGCAGCAACUCUAGCCCCACCGUACCCUCCAGAAGGAUGACCCCCAGAAGAUACCACUCCUGUGGGGACAACCAUGGCAUCAGACCCCCCAAUCCAGAGCAGUACCUCACCCCCCUGCAACAGAAGGAGGUGGCCAUUCGCCACCUGAGGAGCAAGCUGAGCGAGGUGGAGAACACCGUCCACGACAGGGAGUCUGAGAUUGAGAAUCUCAAGUCCCAGCUGGGACGGAUGAGGGAGGACUGGAUCGAGGAGGAGUGCCACCGCGUCGAGGCACAGCUGGCCCUAAAGGAGGCACGAAAGGAGAUCAAGCAGCUCCGGCAGGUUGUGGAGACCAUGAAGAGCAGCCUGAUGGAGAAGGACAAGGGCAUCCAGAAGUACUUUGUCGACAUCAACAUCCAGAACCGCAAGCUGGAGUCCCUGCUGCACAGCAUGGAGAUGGCCCAGAGUGGCUCCACGCUGCAAGACGAGCCAACCAUGGACUUCAUCUGUGGCGACUCCGACUCCCCUGUCAACGACCAGCAGGGGGAGGUGGGUGACCAGGCGGUGGAGGAGAUGGUGGACAGUGGGCUGCUGGUCAACGACAACCUGGAGCACGUGCUCAUGUCCACGGCGGUGGACUCCAGCCACGACUCUAGCGGUAAGCUGCGCUGCCACCCAGAGGCUGGUCCAGGGGUGUCCACUCUACUCCACAGUCUGGAGGAGAAGGUCACACCACUGCCUUCACCACCCUCCAACACGUUCUGCUGCAGCACACUCCCCUUCCCUGCUCCAGAGGACAAGGCCGUACAGACCGAGGUGGUGUCCUUCCCUCCUGACCUGCACACCCUCCUGCUGCAGCUGCUGAAGCUCCAUGGUGGUGCAGUUGGAGAUGCUCUCCUCCCAGCUUCUACCAGCCUCCUAGAAAUCCCAGCACUGCAGGGCCCAGCCUCGGCCCCUAUCCCAUCCAGCCCUAACCAGUCCACCUUGAGCCUGCCUAGCCCCAGCCAGCCCACACCAGUUUUGCCAGUGAGCCCUGACAUGUCCAGUGAUUCAGGCCUGUGUUGCUCAGACCCUGAGGUGAUGGUCUCCAUGCGCUUCAUGGAGGAGCUGGAUUUUGAGGUGAGCAGUGAGGAGCCCUGCAGUGCCCCCGAGAUGGACGUGGUCAACAAACGCUAUUGGAGCAGCAGCUUCCUUGUCGAUCUUGUUGCUGUGGCCGUACCAGUGUUGCCCACGGUGGCCUGGCUGUAUUCCCGGCAUGGCGUGGAUGGGGCGGCGCCAGUCUACAACAUCGCAGCACUGAUCCGUGGCUGUUGCAUGAUGGGCUUGCACUCUCUCCGUCAUGUCACUCAUCAUCAUGGGGCAGAUGUGUAACGAACGGCCUCUGACCCCUGCAUGCACAGCCCGACCCCUCAACUUGAAGCACUUAAACAUCAGUUAAUCAAAGAGUAUUUGUGAAAAUCUUUAGUUUUUCUACACUUGUGAAUAUUAAAGCUACAGUUAUUAAUUUAGGUUCCCACGCGGUUACUUUGCACUGUGUACAGUUGUUGUGAGUUAUGUGAAAUUUAUGGUGAAGGGAUUUUAUUUACUUUCCAUCUGUUGUGUUAUCAUAAUUGUGUCUAAAUGGAUAAUCUGAGUAGGUGGUUAUGCAUCAUUGAUGUCCUGGGCUGGCACUAGUUACCCCUACUUAAAGCAACUAUGUUAUUUUUCUGAAAGUAUUAGGAUUUCUGAGGGUGGGGAUGAAAUUGAAUGUUAGUUUAAGCAAGUUUGUAAUGGUUUAUGUUCCCAAAUCUUAAACCUGCAGCCAAAGCUUCAUUAGUGAACGUUCACUCUUAAUGUUUAUUUUUCUACCUGGGAGUAGAGCUUUUUACGUACGUGUGUAACAAAUUGUUGAUUGGAGUAUGAGCUCAAUGCUUUGAAACAUCCCAUACUCGUUUGUGCCUGAGCUACUUUGUGUAAUACUCUUAACAUCAAAUGUCCUAAUAUAUUUAUUAAAGCAUGAUAAUCCAA